AUGACAGAAUCCUAUCCCCUCUUGGUUGGCGCGUCCCCCACCCUCGGAGAGCUCAUGUCAGCGGGAUGCUUCUCCUGGUGUCCAUUUCCCAAGGUUCAAGUCAAGCUCUACUCAAAACAAAAAUUUUCGAAAUCUCCUCAGAGCAACACCACCAAUACAUCGGAGAACAGAGCUGUGCCAACCAGAGCUGAAUAUCUCGAAGAUGGCGCAAAGCAAAUAGUCCAAGUUAUGGAAGCAGCUGCAGGAGUGAUCCCUGUACCGUACAUCAGGGAUGCGAUUAGAGUAGGGCUCAGAGUAAUCGAAACCUGUGAGGAAAUCACGGCCGUUGAGCAGCAAAUCCAACAACUUCAAGAUCGUGUCUGCCAGCUCCUGAUUGUCAUUAUCGACUCCGUCACCACUGAGGAUGGCGGCUCAGACGGGAUGUAUAAGGCUGCAAAGGUUAUAGAGAGUGAAGUGAAAGUGCUGCACGACAAACUCGGUGAAAUCGUUGAUGAGCUCGAUGAUAUCAAGAAACAAAGUCGAUGGUUAUUGUUUUUCUUCAGGGACCUCAACAAGGCCAGGGUUGACGAGUGUAUCAGUCGACUCACGUCCACCUUGGAAAGAUUCAAUAUUUCCAACGAUCUACAGACCAUCAAUGCCCUAAACAAGAUUCAAGCCCGCCUGGAGAAGGUUCAUGCACUUACGCAACACGUCUCCGAACAAGUAGGCAACUUGCACGAGAAAGUGGAUGUCGGCUUCUCAGUCAUUUUAAACACCCUUCGUCAUGCCAAGGAUCGCCCUGAAUCAGGCCUUCUGGCACGCCCGCAAAUGCCGAUGAAGCCCCGUAUCUUUCAUGGGCGCGAUGAGCUUGUGGGAGAAAUUGCUCGCCUUUUGGUUGAUGAAUCUACCUCAAGGGUGUCCCUUCUUGGUCCUGGAGGGAUGGGAAAGACGUCCGUUUCGCUGGCGGUGAUGGAGACAGAUUUGAUCCAACAAACGUUUACUGCCUCAGCCCGUUUUUGGGUUCCAUGCAUCGAAGCUACAUCGCCCGACCUAUUCCUUCAGAUCCUCCAAUCGAGCAUGGGUAUCCAUCGUAGCACUGUCAACCCUCUGGACGACAUCAUGGUGCGCCUCGGUGGGUCCAAGGAACGACAUCUGCUGCUGCUUGACAACUUCGAGACACCAUGGAACCUAACGGAUGGUUUGCAACGAGAGAUCGAAGGCAUCCUUUGUCGUCUCGCGUCGUUACGCCACGUCGCCCUCCUCGUCACCAUGAGAGGAACGUUUCCGCCUUCCGAUGACAUCGUCUGGCAAACCAAGAACCUGCCACCCACCAACGAACAAGCGUGUCGCCAGACAUUCAUCGACAUCGACCCACGCGCCAAAGGCGACCCCGACCUCGAUAAGCUCCUCAGCACUCUUGGGUAUAUGCCCUUCGCGGUUACGCUUGUGGCAAAACUUGGGAAGGAGACUCAGGCAUCAGCUUCGGACCUGUUAGAUGAAUGGUCGAGAGCUGGAACGGACAUGAUUUCGCCGUCGAGUGUACCGGAGAAGAGCAUGAACCGGAGCAUUAGCCUGUCCGUCGAUAGCAGCCUCGUAAAACAGGAUCCUGAUGCGCUUACAAUCCUGGCGACGCUUUCUUUGCUCCCAGCAGGAACGACGAAGGACCGUUUAUCGUGGUGGGCACCGCCUCUGAAAUCGAAGUUGGCAGCAAUCGCAACGCUGUCGAAGGCAGCUCUCAUUGUUAUUGACGAAGACGACGUGACGGGCUUCCCCACGCUCUUCGUUCUGCCCGUCGUCCAGUCCUUUAUGCGCCAGCAGAAUCGCAUUUCAGAUGAGGUCCGCCAGCAUGUGCACCAGGCAUCCUGCAAAUUCGUCCUAGACCAUAGCGCCCGCUCUGGUGACGUCAACUUUCGAGAGCAUAGUGCCGCACUCGCGGCGGAAGACAGCAAUAUCCAGUCGAUAUUCCUGGAAUUAGCCCCAUUCGAUCGCAGAGCGUCGCCCUACGAUGACGCUUUCGUGGAGAACACCUUUAAACGGACUGUGACCAAUAUUCCUUCACUUGAACGACAAUUCCCAAUUCCCAACUCCGUUCUUGACGCUAUGCUCGCAUUUAGCUGGUACCGAACCGACACGAAGGCUUGCGUGGAAGUCGCACGACAUACGCUGGCAAUAGCCAGGGUAUCAGAGGACCCGAAUUACAUUGCCCAAGCCUUGUUUUGCUUGGGAUCGACUUAUCGGAAACUCGACAAAUUCGACCUCGCACACACAUACCUCGAAGACGCGUAUGUACGUUUUGGCGCACUGGCGAUUGAUCAAGGCUUGCAACGGCGCCGAGGCGACUGUGGCCUGGUGGUUGUGGAUAACAUGCGCUGCAUGCAGGCCGAAGUCGAAGACGUUCUUCGAAUCGAAAAGGAGGUGCACACCAUCUUCGAAAACAUACCCGACGUCGAUGGGGUAGCACGCUCCCUCGUCUCUUUGGGCGAGACGCACUGGUACGCACGAGAGUUAGAGACAGCCUUGAAUUAUCUUUUGAGUGGGAAGGAAGCAUUGGAACGACUCGACAGUCGCAAGGACAUGCCCGUCUGUCUCUACAGCAUUUCGAAGACCCACUACGCCAUGCAAAAUUUUGUGGCGGCUCUGGGAGCCAUCAAGGAGGCAUUAGGACUCGCUAAAGAACUUGUCGACGAUGAGUACCUUCUUGCAGAUAUAACGCAGUUCGUCGCGUUCGUCUACGUUCGGCUGGACCAGGACCCAGACGCCUUGCCAUACCUGGAACGGUCUUUGUUGGCCUAUCAGUCUCUGGACGCCCCGCUAGGAAUUGCUCAGAACUUCGAACAUUACGGCUUCAUCUAUCUUCGUCGAGGAGCUCUCGGGGACGCCUACGCUGCGUACCAGGCGGCUAUCGCAAAGUUUUCAACCUUAGAUCCAGCAGUUGCACGAUCUUACUGCGACCGAUGUUCACGAAAUUUAGAGGCUAUCAAGCUGCAGAAGGAACAUCCGGAAACCGUUUUCUUGAUUCCGGAUGCCUAUUCUACGGAGAUCGAUUUCCCGGUGACUCUCCCAGAGGACCUGGUUGUAAACUACACUGGCGUACUGCCAUGA